AUGGUGACCAUGAACUCUCUGCCCACAGGGCAGAACGUGCCUCCCGGCAGGGCCCCCAAAUGCCCAUCUUUGCUCCCACCUAGAUCAAAGAAGGGACUGCUUCCUGUCCCCAAGCCAGAGCACACUGCGACCUCAACACUGAAGGGAAAGAAGGGACAGCAAGGAGCUAUCGAACAUAUUAACAAAAUGCAAAAAAUAAAUAGAUUUAAUGAACAAUCCAGGGAGGAGAUUUUGGAAGUAGAAUGGGAUAUAACAAACUGCCAACCGUUUUUUUUUGUCCAGAAGAAGUCAGAAUUAAUUACCAAAAUCCCCAGUUUCUGGGUAACAACACGUGUCAACCACGCACAAGUGUCUGCACUGCUGGGAAAAGGGGAUGAAGAGGCGCUGCAUUAUUGGCCAAGAGUUCAAGUGAUGGAGUUUGAAGAUAGUACAUCAGGUUAUAGAAUAGAUGACUAUUUUCACGAAAAUCCCUGUAUCAAAACCAAAAUUCUCUCCAGAGAAUUUUAUCUGAAUGAAGCUGGUGAUUCAUUUUCAAAGUCCACUGACAUUAAGUGGAAAUCUCGGAAGGAUACGACAAAAAGUUCAAGUGGAAUGCAGAGCGAAGGCAGGCAGCGUGAGGAACCGGACGACCAUUCUGAUGCAGGUGCAGAUGAGUCAGGGGAAGUCAUCAACGCUGACAUGUGGCCAAACCCAUUACAGUACUACUUGGUCCCUGACAUGGAUGACAAAGAAGGAGGAGGAGAAGACAAUGGUGAUGAAGAUGAAGAUGAAGGAGAGGAAGAUGAAGGAGAAGAUGCCUGGGGGAACACUGAUGGAUUCCAACCUUCGUUUUUAACUUUCUCCAGUCGCUGGAAUUGGGGGAAGGCCAAGCCAGCUGCGCGCAGCGAGCUCAGCGCCCAGAAGGGAGGUUGGAGCUGGCUUCCCCGCCACUCGCUCCUCACCUCCAGAGAUACCCGGGGUCUCCCCAAAGCCCAGCCUGCCCGCCUGCCCACCACUCCUCGCCACCUCCCGCGGGCCCCCGAGGCUGUCACGUGGUGGCGUGGGGCCCGCCUCCGGUGA